UCAUUCCCUUCUCUCUCUUGCACAAGCUGUUGGAUGAAGCUGAAGGCAGGGGAGGCCAAGGCUGAGAUCUGAAUCACACUGCUGUUGUCAUUAACUUUGUUGAUUCUGAAGAAAUUUGUGAUAUAGAAUCUCUUCCACCUACUUUCAACAUGGGGUUAACAUGCCCUGGAGCUGGCUAUGAUUCUAUAAAUGAUAGCUUGCAAUCUCUCCUUGUGCAAUCUGUCAGUUUAGAUAACAAUGUGAGAUCGACUCUGCGGUCCAUCAGCUUCAAUGGCCGAGACUCUGAGCCUGCUAAACUCAAGGCUUUUGGCUCAGGCAAGUUUCUAAUUAAAGAAUCUCUGAGCUUUAAUGGAAGGGAAAUGGAUCCUUUCAACUCGGACACCAAAAUCUCAAUAGAAAGUCCGACCUUUGCACCGGAUAAAUCCACAAAGUCUGAUGUUCCCAAAACCUUGAGGUUUAGUCCUUUGGGGAAGAGGCCCUCGGAGUCAACUUUGAUCAAACCUGACAGCCCAAAGCAUGAAGCCGCGGUGAAGUUACAGAAGGUCUACAAAAGCUUUCGGACAAGAAGACAGCUCGCGGAUUGUGCCGUCCUUGUAGACCAGCGCUGGUGGAAGUUGAUAGAUUAUGCACUGCUCAAGCGAAGCUCUGUGUCUUUUUUUGACAUUGAGAAACCAGAAUCAGCAAUCUCACGGUGGUCCAGGGCGAGAACCAGGGCCGCAAAGGUUGGAAAGGGUUUAUCAAAGGAUGAGAAAGCUCAGAAACUUGCUUUGCAGCACUGGCUAGAGGCAAUUGAUCCUCGGCAUCGUUAUGGUCACAACCUGCAAUUCUACUAUGAUUGUUGGCUUCAAUGCGAAAGCAUGGAACCCUUCUUCUACUGGCUUGAUGUCGGAGAAGGUAAGGAGGUCAGCCUUGAACACAAGUGCUCUCGAUCAAAACUUCAACAACAAUGUAUCAAGUAUCUUGGCCCAAAAGAAAGGGAAGCCUAUGAAGUUGAAAUCGAAGAUGGAAAAUUCGUGUACAGGCAGAGCAGGCAACUCCUAGACACAUCUAAUUGUCCAAAAGGUGCCAAGUGGAUUUUUGUCUUAAGCACAUCAAAGAAAUUAUAUGUCGGUCAGAAGAAAAAAGGCACAUUUCAGCACUCUAGUUUUCUUGCUGGAGGGGCUACUUCUGCUGCUGGUCGAUUGGUUGUAGAAAACGGAGCGCUGAAGGCUGUGUGGCCUCAUAGCGGGCAUUAUCGCCCAACACAAGAGAACUUCCAGGAAUUCAUGAGCUUUCUUCAGGAAAACAAUGUAGAUCUUACUGAUGUUAAGAAAAGUCCAACUGAAGAGGAUGAUGAACUCUACAAUAGAUUGAGACACAACCGCUCUGAACUAAACUUGGCCGAAAGAAAUGCCUCUGUCAAGCCUGAAAUUGGAGUAGAUUUAUCCCAUGCUUCCAGUGGGAAAACAAGCAGCAACGCAGAAGCAGACACCUCAUCAUCUGAGGCAUUUGAGGGAACGAACAUUAGUUGUUCUCUAGCCAAUCCAAAAUUAGGGGGUAAAGAAAAUUCAGAGAAAUCACUUGACAUGCAGCUACACUGCAGUCUCCACAAUUUCUGCAAGCAGAUAGUUGUUAAAGACAAUGAAGAGAGUGAAGAUGAGGAUGAUGAGGAUAGAGGCAGUAUCAGACAACCUAAAAGGGUUAGGUUAGAUGGGAAAAAUGAAGUAUCCGAGGAUUCAUCAAAUUCCGAUAAACACUACAUUUUGCGAAAAAAGAACCUCUUUCUUGAGGAACAAGAAGAGGAUGAAGAAACCAUUGUACCAUCAGAACUGAUACUCCGAAGGUUAAAUUCAAUGAAUGGCAUCAAAUCAUAUCAGUUGGGGAAGCAGCUCUCUUUCAAGUGGACAACAGGUGCAGGGCCUCGAAUCGGGUGUGUGCGGGACUAUCCCUUGGAGCUUCAGUUCCGUGCUCUAGAACAAGUCAAUUUAUCACCAAAAAGUCCUACAAUGUGUAGAUUUUCCUCGCCACGAAUCACAAAAUGCCAGAGUCCGAAGUCGGAGGAAGCAUCUCUGUAGAAGGCUGCGGCAGCGAUCACACAAACCUGACAAAGUUAGACAAAGAAACCAAUUACUUAGAAUCACUGUUUGUACGUAUAUAAAAGAUGAUGAGUAUUCAAUUCAUUUAUUUUGUAGAUCUUAUAGAGAAAUUCAAAUACCUCACUUAAAACUGUAUCAAAAUUUUGAUGGA